ACUAGUAAUUAAUACAGAUUUUUCAAAUAUACAAAUUUAUUUGUUUGAGUGUAUUCAAAGUUAAUUUACAAUCACAAUUCACAACCAAUAUAAUAUUUCAGUUGGUAUUUUCCAGAAGACUCCGGAAAGAAAACUUAUUAUUGUGUAUAAAAUUAAUACGUAGUUCAAAGUACGUAUUCGAAAUGAAUAAUUCUGCUGCAAAGGUGGGCGAAAUAUUUACAGAAGCUGGUGCAGCUUUUAAUAAACUAGCAGAAAUGACGAUGAUGUUGCAUCCAAUGACGGAGCAGCAAUCAAGUACACAGUCGAAAACACCUGUUAAAAGAAAAAUUCAGGAUGAACGUUUGGGAGUAAGCAAUAGUGGUUCUGGUCAGGUAACACUUAAUAUGCUAAAUGCUCCAGAGUCUGAAAUGGAUGUUGAAGGACUUGGUAAUGAUGUCAAGUUGGAGUUUGAAUCCAGCACAGAAGAAGUUACAACAACAUAAGUUAAAUAAACACAAAACAGAUUUUUUUACUUUAUUAUAAGUUGUACAUAUAAUUAUAGUAUCCAAAAUCUAUAAUUUUAGUUACAUUGAUCAAGUAUUUGAAUCAUUCUUUUAGAUGAUAACAUUGGAUUUUUCUAUUCCACGAAGAAGAAGGUGACUCAUAAAUUUUAAUAUGUGUCUUAUCACACAAAAUAUCCUCAAUUUCUUUAUCUACAUUAUCUCGAAUAUGUAGAGACUCAUAUAACUCAAAAACUUGACCAGAUCUCUUCAUUCUUCUUUGAGCAUUUUUAUAACACUUCCAUGGUUGUGGCUCUAUGAUAAUAGACUUAGAAUUUUCUUUGAGAAAUAUUAAGAAUUUUUGUAAUCCUGAAUCUCCAUUGUUAAUAUGUAUCCACAUUGUGACAGAAAAACAAAAAACUAUAUCAAACAUU